UUACCUUAAGCUUUUCCGACUCCAAAUUUCAAAAGUCAUUCUUUUUCUUAUUGAACUCUUAUUUGAAGAUGUGGCCAAGUCUCUUCUUCUUCGCUUUUGCCCGUAAGUUCAUAUAUAGAUGCAACAAAAUGUAGUAAUAGUUGAUCAUCUUGAGUUGAACACGGUUCCUGUAAGGUUAUCGUACGUAGUUGACUUUUUGUUGUUUUUCAGAGAUACAUAUUUCCAACUUUUCUUAGGUGGAACGUGGGAGACAUCAUUGGAUCUCGCAAAGGCUCUGUGUGAUUUACAAUAUAAAAAAUUCAAGUCAAAAAGAAAGAGAGCCAAUAUUUCAUCUUAUGGAGACUUCCCCAAUGCAGAAGAAUUAGCAAGUUUUAGUGAGAAAGAGCUAAAAGGUAAAGGCAAUUUUGGGUAUAGAGCAAGGGAGUUGAUUAUGUUGGCAAAACAAGUUGUUGAUGGCGAAAUUUAUCUCAAUAAGUUUGAAAAAGACCACAUUGGUACCCAACCAAGCUGGUCUACGCUCAAGUUAAAUGGUGCUGGUCCGUUCGCUAUUAAAACUAUCAUGAUGUGUGCUGGAUAUUAUAGUUACAUCCCAAUUGAUAGUGAAACGAUGCGUCAUAUGGAUGAGUUUCAUGGACUUAAAGUGCACAGGAGAAAAAGAGGAUCCAUCAAUCUCCAGAUAAGGGACAAAAUACAGCAAAUCUACAAACGUUAUGAUCCAUUUCAGUGUUUGGCUUACUGGUUUGAACUUGCCAACUCUUAUGAAACGGAACUUGGGAAGGCAUUAAGUGAGUUAUUACCAUCUGAAUAUCAUCGUGUUACUGGUAACUAUGAAAAUGAGAAGAAAUUAUUCUGAGGUAUGCCCGAUUUCACGGGCUCGAAGAGUCGCUUCAAGCCCGAGUUCAGGAUGGGUCGAGUUCGAGGCCGAUGAACCAAGCCCAAGCUCGAUGAUAAAGUACAAGGCUCGAAGAUCGGAGUACGCGGCGAGCACCGAAGCCGAGUAUGACCAACCCCGAAAUGAUGCCGUUACGGGUUUGUAACAGAAAGCGCAAGAUUCUCGCCACGUCCCCAAGAUCAUGAUGUAAAUUCCGGAAUAGAUUUGUACGGGUCAGUACG